GAGCAGCUAACCUUCCGGCCACUCCAGGGAACGAGGUGAUUGCUGUGGACUGGAAGGGCCUGAAGGAUGUCGAUCAAAUCAACAUGGACAGCACCAGCUCCCUGCACGGGAGCAGCCUCCACCGGCCAUCUACCGAGCAAACACGGACGGAUUUCUCCUGGGACGGCAUCAACCUCUCCAUGGAGGACACCACUUCCAUUCUUCCGAAGCUUAAGCGAAACUCUAACGCCUAUGGCAUCGGAGCCCUGGCCAAGUCAUCGUUCUCAGGGAUCUCACGAAGCAUGAAGGACCAUGUGACAAAGCCCACUGCCAUGGGGCAAGGCCGGGUGGCCCACAUGAUUGAGUGGCAGGGCUGGGGGAAGGCACCAGCCAUUCAGCCGCAGCACAGCCACGAGUCCGUGCGCCGGGAUACAGAUGCCUACUCUGACCUCAGCGAUGGCGAGAAGGAGGCCCGUUUCCUAGCAGGUGUCAUGGAACAGUUUGCCAUCUCUGAGGCCACACUCAUGGCCUGGUCUUCCAUGGAUGGUGAGGACAUGAGUGUCAACUCCACCCAGGAGCCAUUGGGCUGCAACUAUAGUGACAACUACCAGGAGCUGAUGGAGAGUCAGGAUGCCCUAGCUCAAGCCCCCAUGGAUGGAUGGCCACACUCCUAUGUGUCCCAGGGCAUGUACUGUCUGGGCUCAUCGGAUGCCUGGGAAGCAAGCGAUCAGUCCCUCAUCGCCUCUCCAGCCACAGGAUCCUAUCUUGGCCCUGCAUUUGAUGACUCGCAGCCCAGCUUGCAUGAAAUGGGGCCUUCCCAGCCUGCCUCAGGAUACUCUGCUCAGGAGCCUCCACCUUUGCUGGGGGGAGACACUGACUGGGCUACAAGCGUUGGAGGAGUGGACCUGGCAAGAGGCCCUGCUGAGGAGGAGAAGAGGCCAUUGGCCCCUGAGGAGGAGGAGGAUGCGGGAUGCCGGGACCUGGAAUCACUUUCCCCACGAGAAGACCCUGAGAUGUCCACUGCUCUCAGCCGGAAGGUAUCUGACGUCACAUCGUCAGGUGUGCAGUCCUUUGACGAGGAGGAGGGUGAAGCCAACAACUAGCUUCCUGCCACCCCAGGGCCUGCCUUCCACUCCCACCUGAGGGGCACGGCUGCACCCCAUACCCUCCCUUCCCCCAGCCGUACAGCUGAAACCCCGGGCAGAAGACAGCGGGGAACCCAGGAGCCUCCAGUCCUCACCCGGAGAAUGGAGGACAGGGAUGGGCUUUUAUCCGGGCUGACACUUUAGAAACCACAGGUCCAGGGCCUGAGACCCAGGCAAGGAGAUGGUUAUGAACUUGGCAUGGCCAUGGGCUUCUGGGUCCGUGCCAGGAGCCUCCAGCACGUGCAGCCCAAGGACAGGAGCACAGAGCGGUGAGCCGGAGACCGGAUCUCGAUCCUUCUCUCCCUGAUUUUGUCUUCCAGGAGCCUUGACUGUGUUGUCUGAACUCCUCCUUCCUUCAUUUCACUCCUGCUUU